AGAUUAUAAUUGUGGACGUCACGAAUUCCUUUCUUCCUGAAAAUGGCGGAGCUGAGGAACGUCUGGUUUCUGCUUUGUUGAUGAAGGUGUACUUGCUGAAAUAAGAGUCGUAAUAUGUCGACCGAGGAGCUUUCCAUGUCAGACAGCGAGGGAUUUGCUGGGGUACGCUGGGCCCCAGUAGGGGCUGUGGCGAACCCCGAAGAGGAGAGGGAGAAGGUGGCAAAAAUCAAUGAUCAAGUCACUACUGCCUGUCCGUCCGAGAUGGCGAUGACACUUCAGCAACUGCAGGAAGAGCAAGAGCUCCUGAACUCGUCUCUGCUAGCACUCACCUCUCACUUUGCCCAGGUGCAGUUCCGGCUUAAACAAAUUGUGCACGCCAAGACUGAUGAGAAGGAAAAAUUGCUGCUGGAGUUGGAAGAGUUCGCAUUUAGGGGUUGCCCUCACGUACUUGGGUGCCGCGCACAGGAUGCCCAGAUAUUGGAAAAUUCGGAGGAGCUGAGUGAACGGGAGAAGCGAGAGAAAUUAGAAGUUCAGCGCGAGAAGCAGCGUGAGCUCAUCAUUCAGCUGAAAACGCAGCUUGAUGACCUUGAACGAUUUGCAUAUCAGGAAGGGAACUAUGAUUCUCUGCCGCAGUCCAUGGUCAUGGAAAAACAACGGGUCAUUAUAGAUGAACUUAUUAAAAAGUUGGAUAUGAAUUUGAAUGAUGACCUUGGAAGGAUAUCGCCAGAGGAGCUUCGUCAACGUGUUGAUGCUGCCAUCGCUCAGAUUGUAAAUCCAGCACGAGUAAAAGAACAGCUUGUAGAGCAACUAAAAACCCAAAUCCGGGACCUUGAGAUGUUCAUUAACUUUAUUCAAGAUGAAGCUGCUUCACCUGCACAGUUAGAAAAUGGGCAGUGUAAAUGUUCUCAGGGAAUGUCUGAUUCCAAGAAACCAAACAUACGGCUGCCAUCUGGAACUAAUGUGGACCCAGAGCAAGCCAAGAAGAUGAGGGAGACUGGACUGCAUAUGAUGCGCAGGGCCCUGGCUAUACUACAGAUCUUUGCCAUCAGUCAGUUUGGCUGUGCAACUGGUCAGAUGUCCCGUGGCCUAUGGCAAAAUGAUGAGCAAAACCAUGACUACUCCUCACUUCUUAAAAAACUGGAGUCCUCUGUUAACAAAGUACGAACACUGGCUCAAAGGCGUCAGCAUGUGGAUGACCAUGUGAUUAACUAUGCAAGCAGUUCUGAUGUGUCCCAGGGGGGAAGGGAUGAACUUACAGUAGCUGUAAGGAAAGAACUUGCUGUGGCACUGCGUGAUUUGAUGGCUCAUGGGUUAUAUGCAUCAUCUCAGGGAAUGAGUCUAGUUAUGGCACCUAUUGCCUGCUUGAUUCCAUCUUUCACAUCCUCUCCACAAACCAUGCACCCAUGGGACCUGUUUGUAAAAUAUUACAGAACCAAAAAUGGACAAGCCUUUGUAGAAUCUCCUGCUCGCAAACUCUCCCUGUCUUUCGGGUUGCCAGUGACUGGAGGUACUGCUGUGACACCUAAGCAGAGUCUUCUGGCAGCCAUUCACACUGUGUUAACAGAACAUGAUCCUUACAAGCGUAGUGCAGACUCUGAAUUCAAAGCACUAACAUGCAUGGCAUUGAAUGAGAAGCGACUUGUUUCAUGGGUAAAUCUAAUCUGUAAAUCUGGACGUUUAAUGGAAAGUCACUACCAGCCAUGGAGUUACAUGGUCUGCACUGGAUUUGAGAGUGCCCUCAACAUACUUAGCCGCCUGAGUAACCUACAUUUUAGUCUACCUGUUGACUUGGCAGUCCGUCAGCUUAAAAAUAUCAAAGAUGCAUUUUAAUUGUCAAUUCUUUCAAACUUCAGUUUUUACACUCUGUUGGUUACAGUGACGAUAUUUAUUUCAGUUUUAAGAUAAAAAUGUGAUUUUUUUUCACACUACUAAAUGGGUUUGGAUACCUUUUUGAAAGCUGUUUUCCCAAAUGGCACUUGCUCUUCCCCUACCCAAACACACACAUUCAGCUCUGGAUUCAAUGCCUCUUGGGGGGAGCAGGGAGUGGAAUAUUCAGUAUUGACUUAUUGUUUCAGUUUUGAAGCUCUGUUUGGUGAAAAUGGUUUCUAGAUGAUGCCUUUUUCAGCUGCAAAACUGAAUUCAAAUUCAGUGUAUUUUAAACCAGCAAAAAAGGGAUUCAUUUGAGAGAGACAAAAGAAGAAAGAGAAUGACCCAGUGUAAAGGUGUUAGGCUGUUGCUCAUGGAUAUAAAUUGUUGCAUUUCAUAAAGCAAAUUCAUUGAUGGUUUUGAUUAGGUUUGUACACCCUUCCUGUAGUGACAGCUGAUUAGACUUCGAAUGUUGCCUUUUUCUCAUACAAAAUUCAUUGACUGUAAACAUGGACAGUUCGGUGUUCAUGCAGCAGAUGGUAGAAGAACCUCACUCCCAUUGCCCUUCAGUUCUAGCACACAGGAGUGCAAAACAGUUGAUAAAUUGUUUUGUAAAUAAAUGUUUAAAGUGGCACUUUAAUUUUGCAGAUGUCUAUCCUGGGGGGCAAAGCCUUGAACAUGCACACAGUUAAACCGUGUUCUCCUCCAUUAUGUAAUGUAAUCAGCUGUGAAGUCACUGCACUUCAGUGAAAAAGGGAACUCUUCCCUAAUAAAGACUUGUAUUGACAGUUUUGCAGUUUAUGGCCAGUUUUGCAUUCUGUAUUUGAUGCAUGGGUCAUCUGAAUCUUUGCCAUUUAACAGAAAGUACAUUUAUUGGGAAACUUGGAGAUUCCCCCAGCAUUCAAGCCUGCUUUGGCUUCACUUAUAUUGCUGGAUGUUGCCUGGAGGCUUCAUGUUACAGUGACUUUGGCUUUUAAUUUUGAAGGUUACUGACGUAAACAUCUGUACAGAGACACACACACUUCUAGCAUGAGUAGCAGUCCAUUCUGGCCUUCUGUCUUUAUGCAUCUCAUAGAGGCUGUGACUUGCUGGUAGUUUAUUCUGUACAGUAACUGUUAUCCACCUACUGAUGUAUUCUGUCUCAUCAGGACAGACUGAUAGGUGCAUGAGCACAUGAAGUGUGUAAAUCUCAAAUAGUGAUCACUUUAUCUUUACAUUCAUCUCAAAAGCUAGUCCUUAAAACACUUGCACUUGUUUUACAGAUUUGAAGAUGUCUAAAGAAAGAAUGAUUUGUAAUAAAUACUUCUCACAUUACCUCAAGUGAAACGUAAGGGAAUUGAGCAUCUUUCAUAAUAGCCUCUGUCCUGUAGCACAUUACAGUUCCAGGCAAGGCAGGCAAAGCAAGACAUUGUUUGUCAGAAUUGCAAGAAUUGAAUAAGUGGAUGUUUGCAUCUAAACUAUUGGCAUCUAUCUCCCCAUUUUGCUAAAAUUAGCAAAUAUCUGUCCUAGUGAAAUCAAAAUACCUCCAAAGCAGGGGACCAUCAAGCUGGUCAGUUUGUGUGUACACUACACUAAUUUGUGAGGAACUUCUAGCUACAGGCUGAAACACUAAGAAAUAUAAGCUGCCUCAAAGUACUUAAUGAACCCUAUGAUGUGCUUAAUGUGAAGUCAGUGUUGUCCACAGUGAAUUAAAUACCUGAUGCAUUGCUAAUACCAUGUGCACUCAUAAUGCCAGUGAAUUGUAUGGGUGUCAAACAUGUACCUAACCCACACUAUGCACUUAAAAAAAGAAAAUAUCUUGAAAGCAGUUUGAUGAAAAAAUAUGACAAAAAGUUAACAGCACCUCACAAUUUUACUGAUUUGCCCCUUUGCCUUCUGUUUUUGAAAUGGGUAUUGCAUCCAGUGUACGUGUCUUAAAGAGUGUAGACUAGGCUGGGAAGGAUGUAGGAGUAAAAGUUUUGCAUGCUGGUACAUGGAUCACAAAAUAACCUCCCUAGGAGGGAGUGAAAAGACCACUUUGUUAACUAAACAGAAGCAUAUAUUUUAUAUUUUUGCUCCAGAUGUCCGUCAGUCAUUGGGCCCUCCUGGCCCAUCAGUCUAUUUGGAUGGGGAGCUUGUUCUACAGACGGGGUAGUGUCUGGGAUACAUGCCUAUCUCUCCACCAGAUCCUUUUUGUUCUCCAUCACUGUGAUAAGGGACCAUGGGGAGGGUUUGAAGGUGUUCUUAGUUUGUGUCCUUUUCCCUUACAUGCACUCCACAAAGUGCAGUGAACUGACCCUUGAAGGAUGUUGUCUCACUUUGAAAAGGAGCAUUCUGUCCAAGUAGAUCUAUGUGCCCCUGGGUGUGUGCAGCCCUUCCCUUCCACCAGAAGAGGAGAGCAGGAAACAUUCUUUUACUCCACCCCCAGCUCUAGCAGUGCCAGGGCUGCUAAUCAAAACCCAACUGCCUGGGUUCACAGUCAAGGCUUCAGCCCUCUGUGUCAUGGCACCAAGCUAUGACUGUCCCAAGACUUGAUUGUUGGUAUUUAGAACAUUUUAUGUACCAUCUGGUAUUAUUUUUUGCCUUUUGCAAAAAAUCAUAAAAAAACUUGGAAUGAAUUGCAGGCAGAAAGUUGCCUAAUUUUCUCAGUCAUUUUAAUUACAUUACAUAAGUGCACAUUGUGGAAUCAAAUAACAUCAUUAGUUAAAAACACUGCACAACUGUUUCUUUGAUAAACAGCGAGUGUUGUAAAUUCUUACAAGUAAUAAGACUCCAGGGCAAAACUAUAGCCAUAGUGAGGAUGGGUAGAAGGGGCAGCUGUCCCUUGUCCAUGCUGUUUGGCAGCAGGAUCAUCACUGAGAAAGUGGUGCUGAUUGGUGUGUAAGUUAAUGUUGUCAUCACACAAGUGCCAACAAUAAUUCAAGCAGCUGCAGUUAACUUCACGUCUGCUAAAAUAAUAUAAAAGACUGCCUGUAGUGUGUGCAUGUGUUAGUAAUUGUUGCAAAGUGCUAGUAUAGCGGUUUGCUACAGUUUGUACUAAAACUAUGUUGCUGAAAGGUGUUUUUGUCUUGUCCUCAACUAAGUCUUGCUUUUCAGGGGUGCCAGUUGCGGGAUUGUUCUGGGUGCCAGUUAUCGCAGCUACAGCUGUGUUCCAGGGCAUGUAGUCCUAACAGGAUAAUAUAUUUCUUGGUGACUUGCUGUGUUUGCUGAAGCAUCAUGUAGGUUUGCCACCUUUGAACAAGGCAGAAAAUGAACAGAAGCUACAAACUUACUCUGCCACCUCACCUUUCCUUUAGCCAACCCUUGUUCCACCUGCUCAUCUAUUGUCACACCCAUUUCUUGAUGUAAAUGGGUAUGCUAAUUCUUUAAUGAUCUUCCUCAGGGACACAGUUGUAGUUCUUUUAUUUUAUGUAUCCUUAGGUGUGGUCACACCACAUUAAAUCUAUACUUUUACAAAAAAAAAGUAACCACACACACAUAUAUGUAUAUGUAUAUAUACACACACACAAAUACGCACACAUAAACAUGCACACGUACAUAUACACAGAGAUGGAUAUUAGUAUAUUAGUAUGGCAACAGUGACCCAAAUUUUGGUAUUUAGUUUGCUAUCGUAAACAGAAAACUGGAGGAAAACUUGAAUUUUAUGGUGAUUUCCAAACUUUUGGAUCAUUGUUCAGAUUUACUGAUAGUUCAG